AUGGCGGACCAGUCGCAGUCAGACAUCAUCAAAGCAAAUCCUAUCGGCAAUGGUCUCUCUGCCUUUAGAGAUCGCUUCAAUUCCAUCUGCAAAGAUAAAGGCUUCGUCAGUGACCAGCACACGGUAGACCGGCUUGGUGAAGAAGAUCUCCAAAUCCUUUCUCUCGUCCUCCUAUCAGCACUUCAAGUUCUUCCAGCCGCUCGAUUUCUCCGGUCCAGCAGCGGAAGAGCAUUUUUUGGCGAAUUAUCGAACCUAAAUGCGAAGGUCACUAGCGACGACUUCGACCUCAAUCGAGCCAAACCUCUCCUGAAAGCAGCCCUUGCCGACGACCUUGACGAUGAGCUGAUUUGGCGUCAAGUCGGCAACCUCGUUAUCGAAGCCACCCCACCCCCCCGAUCAAUAGCGUCUUCACGUCAACAAACCCCCUGGCUGCACAAUACGAGCAGUUUUGCAAACUCGUCCGAACACCGCAGAUAUGUUGACAGUAUACUGAAAGAGGAGCUCGGCACUAUGUAUGUCGGGCUUCCCGGCUUUCGCGACGCAUAUUUUGGAGGUGUCGUUGGACUUGAGGCAGCGUCCAAGGAGUUCUUCGCCCAGUGCCGAGUCGAUGGUAACGAUCCCUUUUUCCAAAACGGCUGGAAGGGAUGGCCCCAGGACGCAAACGAGAAAAGCGUGCUGGAGUGGCUUGCGGACUUCGUCAAGAGGCUAGCAGUGUUCGCAGACACCCAGAAGUCAAAUACAACACAUCAACGAAGCCUCCUAGCACAGCCCAACACGCCGAUGCGGGGUUCCGCAGCAGUCCGCAAACUGGAUGUCGGGUUCGUCGACAACCUCGAGGCUGGCCAAGGUUCUCGAUACGACCGGAAGCAGAUACUGGUACCUGGAGAACUCAAGAGCAACCCAUUUGCCGAUACAGCCUCCAAGGCGUGGCUCGACCUCGGGAGUCUAGAUAUCACAACAGCGACAAACUACCGGCCAGGACGACAGAUGCCACCAAGCAACAUAGCAAAAGAUGCCCCGCGGAAGGGCCGCAGCAGCACUAGCAGAAAGCGUCCGUCCAGCCAAACCGAUUCCGCUUUGCCCCCAAGCAAGCGAUCCUGCUCCGUGUCUCCAACAAAGGCUACGAGUGUACCACCAAAUCGGGUUCAUCGGCGUAUCAUUCUCCAGGAUUAUGGCAAACCUAUCUAUAAGGCAAGCUCACGCUCAUCACUCCUUGCUGCUUUAGUAGGCUGCAUUGAGGGUCAUGAGUCUUUGUACAAGGCAGGCAUCCUCCACAGAGAUAUAUCCAUCAACAAUCUCAUGAUCAAUGAGGACAGUGGCAACCCAUCCUGGCCUGCCUUCUUGAUCGACCUUGAUCUCGCUAUUCGGGAGCAACGAGAGGGUGCUUCGGGUGCCAAGGGAAAGACCGGCACGAGGGCCUUCAUGGCAAUCGGGGCGAUGCUAGGCGAGCAGCAUUCAUUCAUGCAUGACCUGGAGUCGUUCUUCUGGGUGCUGUUCUGGAUAUGCAUUCAUUAUGAUGCGGAUGGUAAAGAUGUUGGGCCUACGGAGUUUGACGGUUGGAAUUAUGAAAGCGACAACAAGCUGGUGCGGUUAAAAAAGGGCGAGAUUAUUGACGAGGAAGAUUUUCUCCGAAAUGCAGGCGAGAACUUUACUUCAUACUACCAGCCAUUGAUUCCGUGGGUCAAUAGAUUACGCAAAGGGGUGUUCCCAAGAGGUGAAAGGUGGAAAACGCCGGAGCCUGAGCUCUACUCCUCAAUGAAGAAGGUCCUUCACGAUGCACAGAAGGAUCCAGAAGUCGUAGGGGACAGAUGA